AUGAUGACAUCGAGAGCGGCAUUUCGGCACGCCCUCAAACGGCUCCUGUGUGUGUCGUCGUUCUUACUACUGCGAGGGCUCGCUAUCACGCGACUACACUCUCCAAACGUAUCCGUGAACUUCGACGUUGAAAAUGAGCAGUAUCCAGAACUUCCUUUGGCAGUGCUACGGGUGACUCCUGCCAACGGGGCCGGAGCUCCUCCUGUGUCGGAUCUGGCUAUCUUCGCCGAAGAUCCAAAGUGGGCGUGGAAGGUACCGGAGCUGCCGUUGAGAAAAAAACAGGCUCAAAUAAAUUUGGGGACACAGAAGUAG